GUGGCCAACAGUACUGCAGCACUCGGCUCUGCUCCACAAACGGUUUGCUCCACUCCAGGAAGGCCACCUCCUCCUUCCCCCCACCUCCGGCUGUCACCACUCACCGCUCUAGCCUCCAGGGGGUGGGGACCCCAGAGCUGGACACACCCCACCGUAGCCCCACAGCUCAGCCAGCAGGACAGACUCACGGUCGGACGCAGGACCCCGGAGCCCCGAGGUGGGCAGUGUGCCAGGGUCGCUCACAGCCUCUUCAAGCCCUCUCCAGGCCAUGGGCGUCACGACAGCACUGCCCGCAGCUGAGCUCGGCCUUUACUCCCUCGUGGUGAGCGGUGCCCUGGCCUAUGCUGGCCGAGGCCUCCUGGAGGCAUCACAAGAUGGGGCCCACAGGAAGGCCUUCCGGGAGUCUGUGAGGCCUGGAUGGGAGUACCUGGGCCGGAAGAUGGACGUGGCUGACUUCGAGUGGGUGAUGUGGUUUACCAACUUCCGAAACAUCAUUGUCUUUGCCCUCUCUGGACACGUGCUGUUUGCCAAACUCUGCACAAUGGUGGCGCCCCAGCUCCGCUCCUGGAUUUAUGCUGUGUAUGGAAUCCUGGCUGUGGUGGGCACAAUGGGGCCGUGGUACCUGCUGCUGCUGCUUGGCCACUGUAUGGUCCUCUACGUGGCCUCACUCUUGGGCCAGCGCUGGCUGUGCCUUGCCCUUGGUCUGGCCAGCCUGGCGUCCUUCAAGAUGGACCCCGGGAUCUCUUGGCAGAGUGGGUUUGUAACAGGCACCUUUGAUCUUCAAGACGUGCUGUUCCACGGGGGUAGCGGCUUCACCGUUCUACGGUGCGUCAGCUUCGCGCUGGAGAGCUGCGCCCACCCCGACCGCCGCUACUCUCUUGCUGACCUGCUCAAGUACAACUUCUACUUGCCCUUCUUCUUCUUCGGGCCCAUCAUGACCUUUGACCGCUUCCAUGCUCAGGUGAGCCAAGAGCCAGUGAGGCCAGAGGGUGAGCUGUGGCGCAUCCAGGCCCAGGCGGGACUCAGCGCGGCAGCCAUCGUGGCCGUCGACAUCUUCUUCCACUUCUUCUACAUCCUCACCAUCCCCAGCGAUCUCAAGUUCGCCAGCCGUCUCCCAGACAGUGCUCUUGCGGGCCUGGCCUACUCAAACCUGGUGUACGACUGGGUGAAGGCAGCGGUCCUGUUUGGUGUCGUCAACACUGUGGCACGCCUAGACCACCUGGACCCACCUCAGCCUCCUAAGUGCAUUACAGCGCUCUACGUCUUCGGGGAAACGCACUUCGACCGAGGCAUCAAUGACUGGCUUUGCAAAUAUGUAUAUGAUCACAUUGGUGGGGAUCAUUCCACCGUGAUCCCAGAGCUGGCCGCCUCCGUUGCCACCUUUGUCAUCACCACUCUGUGGCUUGGGCCUUGUGACAUCGUCUACUUGUGGUCUGUUCUUAACUGCUUCGGUCUCAACUUUGAGCUCUGGGUACAGAAGCUGGCAGAGCGUGGGCCACUUGCACACAUGGAGGCCCGGCUAUCAGAGCAGAUGUCUCGGAGGGUCCGGGCCCUCUGUGGGGCUGUAAACUUCUGGGCUAUCAUCAUGUACAAUCUCGUGAGCCUGAACAGCCUUGAGUUCACAGAGCUGGUGGCCCGACGCCUGAUACUUACAGGCUUUCCCCAGACCACACUGGCGGUCUUGUUUGUCACCUACUGUGGUGUCCAGCUGGUAAAGGAACGUGAGAGAGCCCUGGCAUUGGAGGAAGAACAGAGGCGGGACAAAGAGAAGCUGGAGUAGGCAUGGGAACAGAGGACCGGGAUCUGUUCAGCUGCUUCUAGGCACCAGGCCCAGGCCAUGGUGCCUGACCAAUAGAAUAAAAGACUUUUCUACCAUAGUAA